AUGAUUCUUGCAAAGCUGAUGGGCUUUGGAAAGCAACUUUUGCGGGUCAAAGUUGUGGACUGCAGCACAGAUGAGUCUCGCCUGUCCCGAUGUCUCAACACGUUUGACCUGGUGGCGUUGGGUGUCGGGAGUACACUUGGUGCCGGUGUUUAUGUGUUGGCUGGUGCAGUGGCUCGAGACAGCUCUGGACCUGCCAUCGUCUUGUCCUUCCUCAUUGCUGCCCUGGCCUCUGUCUUGGCAGGUCUAUGUUAUGCAGAGUUUGGAGCCCGUGUCCCUAAAACUGGCUCAGCCUAUCUUUACAGCUAUGUGACUGUUGGAGAACUUUGGGCCUUUAUUACAGGCUGGAACCUCAUCCUUGCUUAUGUCAUUGGAACGGCAAGUGUGGCCAGAGCAUGGAGCGCAACAUUUGAUGAGCUGAUUGGAAGGCACAUUGAGAUGUUCUGCAGGCAAUACAUGAGCAUGAAGGCCCCCGGUGUCCUAGCAGAGUAUCCAGACAUAUUUGCUGUCUGUAUUAUACUCAUUCUGACAGGGCUGCUUGCAUUUGGGGUGAAGGAGUCUGCCAUGGUAAAUAAGAUAUUCACCUGCAUCAAUAUAUUGGUGCUUCUGUUUGUGGUCAUCUCUGGCUUUGUAAAAGGAGACCUGAAAAACUGGAGACUGGACCCUGAACAAGUUCUCAAUGCCUCCAGGAAUGCUAGCCUUAAUAUGUCUGACUCAGAUGUGACACGUGAAAGUCUUGGUGAAGGGGGCUUCAUGCCUUUCGGCUUCAGCGGAGUCCUGUCUGGUGCUGCCACCUGUUUUUAUGCCUUUAUAGGGUUUGACUGCAUUGCAACUACAGGAGAGGAAGUGAAAAAUCCUCAGAGGGCCAUUCCUAUUGGGAUUGUAGCCUCACUCCUUAUCUGCUUUGUGGCCUACUUCAGUGUAUCUUCAGCCCUGACUGUGAUGAUGCCAUACUACAUGCUGGAUGUUAGCAGUCCGCUACCUGUGGCUUUUAAGUAUGUGGGCUGGGAAGGAGCCACUUAUGCAGUGGCUGUUGGCUCUUUGUGUGCCUUGUCAACAAGUUUACUGGGGUCCAUGUUCCCAAUGCCUCGCAUAAUCUGGGCCAUGGCAGAGGAUGGCCUGCUCUUCAAAUGUUUGGCUAAAAUCCACCCAAAUACCAAAACCCCACUAAUGGCUACAGUAACAUCAGGUAUUGUGGCAGCGGUGAUGGCCUUCCUCUUUGACUUGAAGGACCUAGUUGACCUCAUGUCCAUUGGCACUUUGCUGGCCUACUCACUUGUAGCUGCCUGUGUGAUGGUCCUAAGGUACCAACCGGAGCAGCCCAAUUUGACUUACAAAAUGGCCAACACCCAAGAUGACCAUGAAAUGGGAGAGUGCAGUACUGAGGGGUCAGUAGAUAUCCUAUCACCGCCAAUUCAACACUUCACCUUCAGGAAUCUCUUUUUCCCUGCAAGCAAAGAACCUUGUCCAUUGUCUGGGUUCAUUGUCAACAUUUGCACCACCAUAAUUGGUGUCCUGGUAUUCCUCUUCAGUGUUGUUGCUGUUCAGGGAGGAUUUGCUCAGUGGUCUGUGGUUGUCCUCAGUAUUGUCACUGUAAUCUGUCUGGUUCUCACCUUAAUUGUCUGGAGACAGCCACAGAGCAAGGCCAAGAUUUCUUUCAAGGUUCCUCUGCUGCCCUUUCUCCCAAUCAUUAGUAUGUUCAUCAACGUCUAUCUGAUGAUGCAGCUGGACAGAGGCACAUGGAUGCGCUUUGCCAUUUGGAUGGUCUUAGGUCUCGUUAUCUACUUUUGCUAUGGCAUUCGAAACAGUACAGAGGCGGCGUCACCUAUGUCUGACAUUUACACACCAGCCAGAAUCACAAAAGAAGAGGAGGCCAUGAUCACAGAGAAAGAGUCCUUCCUGCACAACAAUGAAAAUGAUGCAAGAGAGGAUGAUGAGGAUUCCUGAGGAAGCUGCAGGUCCACUAACCCACUCUGGCUUUGUUUUAUCAUGUUGACUUCUGCUAAAGUCCCUGAAAUUGCUGCAAAUUCAGUCAACAUGGAGGCUUUGUUACAGCCCUCCGGUCAGAAGAACUCUCCUCACUGGAGCCAAAAAUGUUUUAAUAGAAGCAAAAAGACCAAUUUAAAAAGAGAAAAUCUCCUUCAAACCCUUGAAACCCAAUCUCUAUUUUAGAGAACUUUAUAGAUAGAAUAGAAUUUUUGUUGUUGUGGUUUAAUGUUUUAGCUCAUUCUUGACUUUUUGCACUUUGAUAUAAGCAGUUUCAUGCAAUACAACAAAGUAACAAUAGUAAAGCAAAAGAGUAGGUGAAACAAAGUUGCCCAAUUUGUCAGUCCAACUGCUUUAUAAAGAGAAUUUACUAUUAGUCAUUGCAUUCACAGUAACUUACAAUUGGUCAACAUGUUGGCUGUCCACAUUAUAAACUACAGAAGUGCUUUUUUGUUUGGCAUCGCUGAGGUCACUUAAGGUUGAAACAAUCCCCAUCUUUUAUUUAAAUUUGAAGUUUGUCUGACAGAGACAGCUAAAAAAUUUACAACAGAUUCCCUAUACCGUGUAUGUAUAGCAACUCUGCCACCUUGUGGAUUCAACCAUCAUUGAAUGGGGUUGACAUGCUUGCAAACAAUGUAUACCCACGGAAACUCAUCACACAACAGUGAAGCAGUACAUAAUUUUUAUCUUUGCAAACUCAUGAAAAUCAGUCAAUAGCACUUACUACAAAUGUAUUUGGGGGGAGGGAAAAAAAAAAAGCAUUUUCUUAUCUUACCUUGAGUUGACACUGGACAGACUACCCUUUAACAGUUUUGGGCUGCAGUCUCUAGCUGGAGCUUUGCCCGGUAUAAACUUAACAGCAUUGAGUUACAACAAUGUAAUGCUCAAUAUUCUGUCCACACAUGCAUCACUGUAUAAAUUAGUGCAUCAGUUUUGCAUGUCUGCUUAUAAAUUUAAUAAAGAGGUGAAUAUUUAAUAUCUAGGUCAAAAUAAUACAAAUACAUUGUUUCGGUGGCUUUGCAAUAUGCUGCUGUUUACAUUUGUGCAUUACAAGAUGUACACUUCAUGAGAUGCUCCAGGUCAAGGGGUGCAGUUUGUCUU